UACCCAACAAUGGAAGAAGAGAAAGAACCCAAAGACACAAAAGAGCCUGAACAGGUCAAGGAAAUAAUCGAUGAAAAAUUUACACCCGAAGCUGAUGUUCAGGUUAAGAGUCUCCCAGAUAAUUACUUUGCUGAAAUAAAGAAGAAAUCAAGCUCACCCAACCCUUUUGAUUGUUAUAUGAGCAGCCAGGUUCCAGAAAAUGAUCCACCCAAUCAGGACAAUAUGAUGUCCCUCGUCCCUUCUGGACAAAGCUCCCGGAAUUAUAGAAAAGUUGUAGACAGCCAUUCGAAUCAGCCAAAUAGUGUGAGAAGUCAGAACAACACAAACCCUUAUGAGAGACUCAAGCGUAAGUAGAAUAAAUAAUGAAGCAUCCUGUCAACGGUCUUCGGAGCAAAGACUCCAGUCAUCAAACAAGUAUUUUAAGGAUCAGAGAGGAAAUCAUCAGAACACAGUUACUACACAAGACUCCGCUUAUGUUUGCCUCAAUAGAGGAGAUGUCAUUAUCCGAGCUAAUGAGAUCGAGACUGUAGUUCCUUGAGAUGUUGAAAAAGGAUUCCUACCUAGUGGGAAAUCUAUCACUAGAAUUUAUCCAAACCAGCAGGUGAAGAUGAUGAUCUUGCCUGCAGCCAGGAAAUCUAGCUCAAUGACUUUUGACCAUAGAGCUCAAGAGUUUACAGAGACUGAAAAUAAUAAUCAGCAGAAGCAUUCAUCUAGUUUUAUGGCCCAGCUAAGUCCAUUCCAUCAAGGUCUUAUUCAUACUUUAGGAAAACUGUAUUGUCUUCGUGAGUAUAAGGUGAACUGAUUCUCUGACUCUCCUCAGCAGCUUAGUUUCCCAAGCAGCAGUGCUCUGGCUCAGAUCGGAGACCAUAUUGGAAGUUAUCAGUCUUCUUCGUCUGAUCGAGUAUGUACUAACCUGGAUAAUGAGGGGAGUCCUAAGAAUUCUCAGAAAGUUUCACUAAAUGAAACUAACCAAAAUUUCUUCAGCAAGCUAAAAAUUCCUCAAAAGCGUUCUAAAUCUGAUGAAAUGAGUAAGAAGCUAUAACCCAUACUUCUCUGUCAAAU